AUGCCUUCGAGUCAGUCUUGGCUGGCAAUAGCGAGUCUUGCGCUGGAAUGCGCUCUUCCAGCCCUGGCAUUUCCCCAGGCCUCGUCCUCGCCUGAGGCAUCCCAUUCCUACUUGUCGUUCCAGUACACUCCGGUGACGUCGGAUGUCUAUGCGACGGCAUUGCCUUCUUCACUUUCUUUUCCAACUCCUUUCGCUCCUUCGUUCCGUGAGGCCUCUACCUUGCUACCGGACAGCCUCACCACUACGACGUAUUCGUACAAUCCUACGAUCACUCAGUCCCCAGAUGGCCAAUACGGUCAAAGCGCAUACGCUGCCCUGUGGAAGGAUUAUUCUUAUACCACAACGCCCCCCUUCACAAACACGGUAUCCCCGACCCCAGUAGCAAAGUCAGAGCUUGUCUUUCCUCCUCAACUAUACAAUGCUCCUCCGGACACGGGAUACCGACUCCCCAAGGAUUUUAUCUGGGGCGUCUCAAGCAGCGCCUGGCAAAUCGAAGGGGCUCUCCAGCUCGAGGGUCGCGGACCAGGCAAAUUAGACGAACUAGGCAAUGCCCUGUCCUCUGAGACCGGAAACCUCAACGACUCCAACGUCGCAAACAUGCACUACUUCCUCUACAAGCAAGACAUCGCUCGUCUCGCCGCCAUCGGAAUCCCCUACUACUCGUUCUCGAUCUCCUGGUCGCGCAUCGUGCCCUUCGGCGUGGCCGGUUCCCCAAUCAACAAGCAAGGUCUAGACCACUACGACGACCUCAUCAACACUUGUCUCGAGUACGGCGUCACGCCCAUCGUCACGCUCAACCACGCCGACAUGCCCCCCUCCGUCAUCGAGGACAUCGAUUCCCUCCGCUCCCACUUCCUCUACUACGCCCAAAUCGCCAUGGCCCACUACGCCGACCGCGUGCCCUACUGGGUCACAUUCAACGAGCCCAACAUCGCCCCAGGUCUCAUGCUCCCCUCCUACGGCGAUCUGACACAGCUCCUCCUCGCCCACGCCGACGUCUACAGAUGGUACAAAGACACCCUCCGAGGCACCGGCCAGAUUACUCUCAAAUUCGCCCAUAACCUCGGCGUGCCCCAGGACCUCAACGACGCAACACACCACGCCGCCGCGUCGCGCUACCAAUCCUUCAUCCUGGACAUCAUGGCCAACCCACUCUUCCUCGGCAAACAAUACCCUAAGGAAACCCUGAACACGAACACCAACGGCACUCUCCUCUCGCCUCUCACAGACGCCCAGAUCGCACACAUCCACCACACCGUCGACUUCUGGUCCUUCGAUCCAUACACCGCACAAUUCGUCAGUCCACUCACUCACGAAGACCAAGAAUCCUGCCACACUAACACCUCCCACCCCUCCUGGCCCACCUGCGUCUCUCUCACCAACAUCCAAUCCAACGGCUGGGCCAUGGGCCAAGCCUCCAACGCCUACGCAUACAUCACACCACAGUACGUGCGCCAACAACUCGGAUACAUCUGGAACACGUUCCGGCCAUCCGGGAUCCUAAUCGCAGAGUACGGAUUCAACCCGUUCGAAGAAAGUAAGCGGUCCGAGUCCGCGCAGCGAUACGACUUCGAGCGAACGCUAUAUUAUCAAGAUUUCUUGACCGAGACGAUGAAGGCGAGGGAGCAGGAUGGGGUCAAUGUCAUCGGGGCGUUGGCGUGGUCGCUGCAGGAUAAUAAUGAGUUUGGGAGUUAUGGGGAACAGUAUGGGUUGCAGGGGGUGAACCGGACGGAUGGGAAGUUUACGAGGGUUUAUAAGAGGAGUAUUUUUGAUUAUGUGGGGUUUUUUCACAGGUAUGUUGGGGAAUGA